AUGGAGCAGUUCAUGCUGAUGCAGCAGCGGCACAAGCUGCAGAAAGACACGCAACUGGAGGUGAGAAAUACCAAGUACAACAUGAGCAGGAUCCAAGAGAGCUGGCUCAAGAUCAUGCGCUCUGCCAAGACGAAACAGUUGAAAAAGCAGGUGGAAAUCAUUUCUCAGAACCACGAGCGAGAUGUAGACCGCAAGGAUGCGAUCCUCCAAAUGUUAGAUCGAGAUCUGGAUGAAGCGGAGGAGCAGCAUCAAGUAGCUGUGCGGAGUCAUCUGCUGAAUGUGGACCGCUUGCACGAGAUCCAGCAGAGUAGACUCUUGGCCUUGGACGAGAAGUUCAAACACGACGUCGCCACUCUGCAGGAGGAGUUCAGAAUUGAACGCGAGCACAUCCAGGAGCGACACGCUUUAGAGAAGCGAGAACUCGCCUUGAUCGUGGAACAAGUAGAGAGAGAGGAGAAGAAUAGAGAGAUGGUCUGGAACCUCAGAGAACGUGGGAUGAACAGCAAGAACGCGCAGCAGAGCUGCCACCUGCUGCAGACCAACAGUCAGUGGCGCAAGAAAGGCCAGCGAGGCCAACGCGCCGACCUCGGGGCCGUGGAGCAAGCGACAAAUCUCAGCGAACCCGUCGCGGACAAGAGCAAAGGCAUUUGCGUCCCCAAGCUCAGCGAGGAGGAGAUCAAGGCGCCGAUCGAAGAAGUCGUUGCCAGCUACGGUGAAGAUGGUUGGUGCACCUACGGUUUCCUGGGUGGCUGGGCCAGCGAAUGUGCUCUGGGCCGCAGAAACCGCGAGGCGAAGAGCUUCGCGAAGGAGUUUGAACCCAUGUACCAGAAAUAUUUACCGGACGGGCCCAAGCCAAAGACCGAAGUCACGCUGAAAUUUCUGGAGAAUCAAAGCUUGACGAUCCGCGAUCACCUCUAUCCACUCGAUGACCUCUAUUGCUACGUGAAUGGCUGGUAUUCUUUGGACCGAGAUCAGCUUGUGAACAAUUUCACCUACCUGGAGGAAAUGUCAGAGAAAUCCUGCAACCACUUGGAAACGACCAUGCCGCACUAUCACAAAGUCUCGAUGCAAACGAUGCUGAUGGAGUCGGCUGUGGAUGGAGGCGUGCUGUUUGAGAUCAUGAACGGCCCCACGUCAGGGCAGGUUCCGGACCACAUUGUGCACGGCAUGUAUGUCCAUGCGGCCGCCAAAUGCCUGUUGCGAGGAGGAGGCCGUGGAGCCGUGUGUGACAUUGCCAACUGCGCUGCACGCGGCUGCUUGCGUGGGAAGGAACUCCUCUAUACUCAACGCGGAGAAUGCCAGUUGGAUUUCUUCACGGGUAAGGCGGAUAUCACAGACCACCAGGGUCAGUUUGAGCUCAUUCGCAAUCGAAAUAUUGAAGAAGAUCAUCAAAUGCGCAGUGGCUUAGAGGAACAGAUCGAGGAAACCCGUGCCAGGUGUCGGGACAAGUUGCUGACCUAUGAGAGGUCCACCGAAGCCAGCACGGCAGACUACAAGGAGCAUGCUCGAUCCGCGCUUCCGGCGCAUUCAGUUCCCUCCUUUUCAGCGGGACUGGUGGUGGGCUUAACGACUGCAGCGCUGAUGAAGAUACACCGAGUCUGGCGGAAAAAGAAGAAGGAGGACCUUCCGCAGGCGCUGGACACCACGCUAAGCGCCUUGGACCCUAAGGCCAUGGCGGCUUCGACCAAAAUCAGCCAAGCUGUGGAGGAGGGGAUGAAGGAAUUCUCUGCCAGCGGGGACUACGCCGCCGUGGGCCGCGGCGUGGCUCUGCUGCGGCGCCGCUUGGUGCAGCGAGCGACGGAGGAGAUACGCCAGGGCCAUGUGGAGCUGCGGCUGAUUGCGGAGCUGCUGGUGGAUGCCGUUCUAAACCGUGCCUUCCGUGGUGGCGAGAAGAGCUUCUACUCCGAGCUGUGGCUUCUGGAUGAUGGGCGCGCCAGCGUGCAGAACAUCCACACCGAAAAGAUGGCCGAUGACCUGAAUCAACCGGAUGGUAAUGUGACCAUCAGCGACGUCGUGGUGGAUGAGCGCGUGCGGGAGAAAAGUGCUGGAGGCUACAGUGGCUACAGGCCUUUGUUCGUGCAGGUGCAGCCCUAUCUCUUCACACGGCCCACCUUUUUGGCCCUGCUGGAGGUGUUCGAGGUCUUUCACCGCAGCUGUCAGGGUCCGGAGGACUACGAGCCGCAGGACCGGCAGAGCAUCGAGCGAUUUCUGGACGUGGUGGAUCUGACUCCGGUGAUGCGCCGCGCACGCGAGGAGGUGGAAAAAUACGAAGCAGGCUUGACUGAUCAGCAAUGGCGCGAACACCUGUGGCACAUCUGGUUCCAACGGCAUCCCUCAAGCGCAAAGUGUGGCUUCGAACAUGUCUUUAUUGGGGAGGCCACAGAGGAUUUGAACGGCCGAGAACUGGUGGGUGGCUUGCACAACUGGGUGAAGUUCUACCUGGAAGAACGUCGCGGUGCUGCGCGCUACUUGGGACCACGCUACAAGGGAACUGGCAAGCACGACGCAGCACUGAACCCAUACUUUGUCAGUGGAAAAUUCACCUGGGAUCUCGAUGGCAAGCAUUUGGUGAAGGAUCGGGGCGGAUUCUUCGUUGGUGUCUCUCCGGAGUGGCAGCUGGCCAUCGCCACCGUGGCCUUCUUCGAGACGCGGUCCACGGAGCGCGCGACGGCGCGGAAGUGGAGCCGCGACUUCCUGUCGCGGGACGUGGGCUACGUGCGGGCCGCGAGGUUGGGAGAUCAGGUGUACAAGCUCUGUAUCCGCCGCAAUGAACAAGGCAAUUUGACCACCUUCUUCGCAGAUCAGUUAGGCACCUGGGACGCCCAUGCGCGGAGAAAGCUGGAUGAAGUGCUGCCGCAGGAGGUCCUGGAGGAGCGUCUGCAGCCCAUGCUCGUUCUCCACGGCUUUGCGGACGACGAAGAACUGCUGAAGAGCGCUGCCAACGUGGCGGCGGCGGGGGCCUCCAAUCUGCGAGAUGCGCUGCGGCACUUGCACUCGGAGAUACGCUUUCGAUUUGAAGAGAUGGAGGGACAUCUGCCAGAUGAACUGCCCCUGGUGGUAUCAGAGUUGUUAAAGCUCCACGAUGCGGGGCGCCUCAAAAACUGCCGCUGGGGUGAGCUGGCGUCAGAGUUGACGCAAAGGACGGGGCUCAAAGGAAAGAAGCUGCUGCUGCCGCUGCGUUUAGCCCUCACAGGACAGCAGAAGGGACAUUCUUUGUCGGAACUGCUGGAACUUUUUGAACUCAUGGAGCAAGGCGCGCCUUGGAGUUCCGAGAUCCUUCCGCUCGACGGGCGCAUGGCGUCGCUGCGCCGCUGGCUGUCGGCGGAAGUUCGGCCGCGGGAACCGGCCAAAGUGCUGGCGCUGGCCGUCGAAUGUGGAAGUCCACCAGAAAAAGGUGGGAGUAAGGAGUACCUGAAGCGAGACGCCUACCUCAGUGACCAGGUUGAGAAGCGGCUGCGGCAAGUGGAGCGCAUGCAGGCGGCGAUCCAGCAUUGGAAGCAGAAGAUUGCGCAGAAUCGCCAAGAAUGCGAGGAUCGCAAUCAACAGCUUAGAACAGAGAAGGAUCACAUUGCCAAGCACUUCCAGGAGUUGAAGGCGAAGAUGAACCACUUCAGAUCUGAAGGCAAGAAACGCCUGGCCGAUCUCACCAUGAAUGCCAGGAACUGCAUCAAAUCCUUGAAAGAUCAGCUGGGUUUAGCCGAGCGGAUCCUCAAGACAGCCGAGCUCUGUAGGAAAUUUGAGACUGAGCGUGAGAAGGUACUUCCCUUCUACCUCUCGCGUGAUAUCCUCCAGGAAUUUGAGGAAGGUGAGCUUGAAUUCGGAGAUGAGGACCUCAAAGAGGAGAUCCGAAAAGAGCUCACGGACGUCGGCAUUGACGAAUGGACCUAUUUGGACAACUUUUUCAAGCGCUUCAAUAAGGUCAAGCUUGACACUCACGCAGUGGAGCAGGAGGGAAAGCGUCUCACCAAGGAGAAUGUACAGUUACGCUCCAUUCUGAAGCAAUUCCUGGAUGGCGUCAGUGUCAAUGAGGAUGUGCUGUCCGCGCCCAAUCCGCUGUUGGUGGUGAACGGCAAGGUGAAUCUCAACCACGUGCCCGUGAAGCGGAUGGCCGACAAGACCGUCUAUGUGGAAGCCGCCCUCCAUGCGGGAAACACCGUGGUCAGGCACUGA